UUUUAUAAACAUCUCGAUAUCUCGUCUUUCGAAGACAUAGAUCCCAGCAGACUAACCAACAGCGAAAACACACACCGAAAGUCAGUUACUCCUUCUAACGACCAUGUCCGACUCCAACACCCGAGCGUAUCUCUUCAAGUUCAGAGGAUCUGACUAUGUCUUCUGCAGAAUGGCCGGCCACGGCGCCGAAGCCCAAGCACAAGUCGUCCAGAAAGUCAGCACAGGUGAGCUUCUCAUCCGCAAGGUGAGCAGGAACCGUCUCGAUCGAAGCAAAUGCAUCGAACCCAAUGAGUUCCACCUUAUGGAAGAGUACCUGAGUAAGCCGCCUCGCUCGCCUGAUAUCCGACCUCUCAUCCCGAAAUUCUACGGCUACGAGAAGAUCCCGUCCAAGAACGGGAAGUUCCACCUCGUGUCCUACUGGCAGCUCCUAAACGGCGGCUCAGUCAAGGACUUGAUUCUAACCAAGUACAUGACCUUCAAGCACACCAAGUUCAACCCAGACAAGCGGUUUCCGGCCAGACUCAUCGCACGCAUGCUCCACCAGGUCUUCAGCUCUCUUCAACACCUCUACACCGUCUACGAGAAGAAGCCAAUCUUCCACAAGGACCUACACCCCGGUAACAUCUGGGUUCACUUCCCUCCUUCCGGUGACGGAGAGCUCAGCGACAUCCCCGAUUUCUACCUCGGUGAUUUUGGUUAUGCCGGUUGGGACUUCGGCUUCAGCCCGAACCACACUGCCACCAGGGACAUCGACCAAGUCCUCGAAUGGGCCCGGCUAAUGAUCUGUAUCAACCUGCCGGAGGACCAGCGGCCACCGAGAAACGGCGUCGUGCCUUGCCCCGACGACCCUCACCGUGGUACCAUCCCUGGAGACGCGCCCAUGACCGCCAUCCUCUCGCUCUACUACGACUUUUGUCAUGAGCUCAACCGUUUCAAAGAAGAAAACGGCUGGCAUAUCCGCAAACCAAGCUGCCCCCCGCCCGACCUCACCUCUUUCAUCCGCCGCGCUGAGGCGCUCGAGAAGAAGCUGACUCCGUCGUUGACGGGGUUUAUGUUGAUGACGGGACUGAAUGAGUCCAAUGACGCGCGCGUCCAGAAGUUCAUGCACGACAUGAAGGAAAACGCCAUGACAAAGGCUAGGGCGCAGCCGUUUACUAUGCAUGGACCGCUGGAGAAGUGCUUGACGCCCAUGGUUAGGAAUUUCCCUAUUAAAGUGCAUGGACCGUUUUAUCUGGCGGAGAUGAGGGUGGCUACAGGUAGGUGGGAAGCGAUUGAUGAUGUGACGUAUCAUCGGCCGGGGAAGACGAGGGGGAGUGGAAGAGGACUUAGAGCGAUUUCUGAGAGCCCGGAUGAGGAGGGUGGAGAGACCGAUUCGGAGCCGGAGUUUUGAGGGGUUUGGCUUGAUGUCCGGUGUCUCAAGUGAGGCAGUUGUCUUGAUUUCGAACGGAUCUCUUUUUG